AUUUACAUGACCUUUUGCGCGACCUCUGCCGAUUCCUGGAAAUCGAAUGGCCGAGGUGAGUGCUGGGAAGAAGUCGACACUUGGCCUUGCGUCAAGGUCCAGGGGCACUUAUCUCUGUCAUAUGUUGUGUAUAAAAGAUGCUAGACUACAAGCAUGGAUCGCCAGCACCAACCACGGGUCAGACUGAGACGGAGCAAACGACUGCGUCUCGCAUCUCCAGCCGCCACCACCUUGUCUUCGUCACGGCUCUCUUCCUGCUCCCGCGGAGGUGACGGUAACAACUGGAGAGGGAGGAUGGGGGAGAGAGCCGGUGAGAUGUUCUCCGACCUCACUCGCAGGGCCAUAUCAAUCAGCAGUAGUGAAGGUCUCUCCAGUCCAGGUGGUGCAGGAGGUGGGGUGGUGGACCUUACAAACGACAGUGGAGUGGAAGACGAGCUAGUGGACCUAACUUCUCCUGUUACUGGUCUAGACCUCAAUGGAAGACCAAACUGUGGGAGGGAGAGAGGGAGGAGGAGGCUACGGGGGGACGUGGUGGUGCUAGACGAUGAGUCAGACGAGUCGGCAGCAGACGAGGUCCAGAUCAUGGAGCCAGCGAGACCAUUACCUCACUCCAGCAAGUUAGCUCAGAGAGUGGCCAUCUUAUUCCCUCUUUUCGGGAAGUAUAUAUACUGAUGUGUUAAACAUCACUCUAUGGUACCACAUGUCUGUAGAACUGCAGUUCAUGACCUAUCAUAACAGUGCAAGUUAUUCAUCUUGAAAGUUUGAUGCACCUAUUUUUCAGAUAAUAGCAAUCUUCUCUCUACUAUCACAGGCCAGAGACGACCUCAGCAGAAACCCCAACAGCAUCCUCCGUGGCCAGCCCGACAAAGAGCCUGAUCAAGUGUCCGAUAUGCAUGGAGAACGCGGCCACGUUUGAGCGAAGGGGGUCCCAAGUGGCCGUCACCACCUGCGGCCACGUCUUCUGCGGUGCCUGCAUACGA